AUGCCCUUGGGGCCAGUUCUCCCAUCUUCCUCAGACAUUGAUGGAUUUCCCACCCUCCCUUGUGAUCCUGGCUUGACUAUAUAUUUAUUCAAUCUCAUCUUCAGAUUUGCCAAUGGAAAGAAAUGCAUCUUCAAUCUGAGUGGCCUGCUUUAUAGCCUGUCAGCUUUGGUGUUUGAAAUAGUCAUUGCAAAUUGCCAAUCCUGGUGCCUGUGGAAAUUCAACAAUAAGGUUGUAAAAUUUGUGUCCUUUGGACUCUGGGAGGCUUAUUACCCUCAAGAGUUUAAUGUCUCAGGGACUGUAAUCAAGAUGAUGGUGCAUACUCCUAUCAAUUCCACCUGGACAAUUUCACCUGAAUUUCAGUAUGCACAGACCAUGAUAGUGUGGGCCAUUCUGAUGAAGCUUGUAGUUCUGAUUUUUGGUGCAGUUGCCAUUAAGAUCAGCUGCAUAGAAGACCCAUUCGUGGAGAUGGAGAUAUAUUGCUACAAGGUCUCUGUCUUAGUUUUGUGUGUUAGCAGCCUCUUCACAUUUGUUUCCAUGAGCUGGAACCACUUCAUAGAAGUGUAUGGCCAAACCACUCUUGACUUUCCACCAGACUUUCCUGUGAAAAAGGAAACCUUGAUAAGCAAACAUUAUACUUCUGUGUUCCCAUUAGGGGUCCUGACAGACACCAUGCCACUCUUUGGAGUGAUAAUGUUUCUCUGUGAGAUAAGCUCUUUGAAACUACAAAGUUAUAUGAAGUCCAAGCAUGCUUUCAAAUUUACCUAA